AUGUCUCUUGAACUAUAUAAACGAUAUGAAAUUGUUUUUCUCAGAAAAAACAAAUAUGGGCCAAAAUUCGGUAUUAAUCGUAUUGCAAAAUUGGUCAACUGUAACCGGUCAACAGUCGUUCGUUGGUUGACACGGUGGGAAGAAACGAAGGAUCUUAGUGAUCGAGAGAGAAAAGGAAGACCACGAAAAACAACAACAACAGAUGAUGAAAUUGUUAUUGGUUUAGUAAGACAAGGUGUUGAUGAAGGAUUAACUAGUGAAAAAAUGCAAGAACAAGUACAAGCUGAAGGUAUUAAUGUUAAUCCACGUACAAUACGUCGAAGACUCCGAGAAGCGGGGUUUCGAUAUUUGAAACCUCUCUCAAAACCUCUUCUUAGUGAACAUCAUCAGAAGAAACGUUUAACAUGGGCCAGAUCAUUAAUGAAUUAUGAUUGGAAUCAAGUUAUGGCAACUGAUGAAUCGGUCUUUCGUCUUCAUGACAUUAAAAGAUUUUAUUGGCAACGGCCAGGUGAACGGAAAAUUUGUCGAAAAGUUAAAUAUACAAUUAAAAUAAAUGCACGGUGUUGUUUAUCUACUGUUGGUUUCGGACGAAUUCAUCAUCUUAGUAAAUCUGAUUCAAUUCAAAACCUUUUAAAAGUUAACUCCAGAUGA